AUGCAGGUUGAAAAAGACCACGUAUUUACACACUAAGAAGCAAACGUGUUUGCGGGAAAGUAUAGCAAAAGUUGUAUUAAAAAUAUAAACGACUUUCUUGACAUGUCAAUGAUCUUUUCAUAAUUUAAACCUCGAAAUUUAACGAGUGAAGUUUGCGCCCUUCGAGCUGCCGGAAACGCCAGCAACGUUUUCCGGUCUUAACAAAUUAAAAGUCGUAAACGACUUCUCAAUUCCACACAAGUGGCUGAAAAGACCUUAUAGCUGUCACCGUUAAAGACGAGUGUAGUAAGUAUAAACUGCACUUUUGACGCGUUCCAACAGCUUUUAGUUCAUUUAAACUCCCAAAAGUAGACAAGCAUAGCGAUUCAGCCUCAGUAGCUAACUAGCAGCUAGCUAGCUGGCUGACACUCGGUCGACAAGAUUUUUAAAAAAAAAAAUUUUUUUAAAGAAAUUAUCAAAUAAAUAAUUGUUGUGUAUUCUGUAUUUUUUCCCCAAAAAAAUAAUCCCUUGCCAUCUCUUCCGGAGAUGGCGGCUGACGCGGAAACGAGGUGGACGACAACCAUCAUCGUCAGCGCCUCGCUGCAGAGCCAUGAAACUAUCAGGAUGCUCCGAGCUCAACAGCACAGAAUCCGACUGUCAGACAGCGUGGAGUGUGGAGCCUUCAUUUUUCCUCUGUCUGGUACCGCAUUCAAGCUGGUGGAGCCCGAAAAUGUUCAAGAUGAGUCAGUCCUCGUAGAGCAAAUCCAGAAGUUUGUGCAGGUCCACCGCAAUAGUUUUGUGCUGCUCUACGCUCCUUUCAACGGGAAAAGACAACUGGACAUGCUCUCACUCAUCCAGCAAAAAUUUUUCGGCACUAAUCUCCGCAUCUUGCCUGUGCGAAACAACGGCGACGUUCUCAAAGGAAUGUUGACCAUUGCAAAGGCCACGAGCAAGCCUCACGUGGACCGCAUCCGGCACAGGAUGGCCGUGGCCCGGACUCGCAUAGUCGAGAGGAGCCCCGUGUGGGACAUGCUCAGGAAGCUCACCUAAAACACCUGC